AUGAAGCGUCCUUCUCACCAUAUCUCCUUGACCGACCUCCUCUCCCUCGACAGUCAGGAGCGCUACAUGUGCCUGCUCAGCAGCACCAUCACCAGCUCGGCGACGGUCUUGAUCUCAUCGCCAUCCCCGUCGUUUGCCCAGCCUUUUGGCGUAGCUGCCGAAGAGGUCGCCAACGACGGUGAACCUGUCGACGUUCUGCGUCGAGUCCCUGCUGGUGCCUAUGGUCUGGCUCUUUGCCGCGUUGAUGGCGCGCUCCCCCUCACCCUCAGUUCUUGGUUCCGUGGCCGGCUACCGGAUUCCGCCACGGCCGCGCUUUGCGCCCAUAAUCGUACGCGGUGCGAGCUCUCGCCAGUGAAGCCGCGCCUGGUCAAGUAGUCGAGUUGAUGGUGCUGUGUUGUCUACCUUGAGAGGCAGAGACCCAUUCUCCCG